UGUGAACAAUCCUGCAACAUUUGGUAAUUAUCGGACUCACCAUUCAAUAAUUAAAUCAAUUCUCCAAAUGUUACGACAAAGUGGUUUUGCGUUUUCUUCUUUUGAAGAGUAUAUAACGUAAGUAUAACAUAUCGGAUGUCAUUCUUUUGGGGAUACCUGUGACUGAAGCUACUCGACAGUAAGAAUAACUUUCGGGAUGAUUCGGCAAAUUUCGGCAAAAGGAACGAAAAUAAGCGAAGUGUUUCGAGCGAAACGAACAUUGCACAAUGCCAAGAAAUUAUGUCUGAUAAGUACGGUCAAAAUUUCCCAUUACCAAUAUACUUUGGCAACAUGACGGGUCGGUUUAAACCUGCUGGAACAGUCUCAAUGUGGUUAAGACUGAAUAAAAGUGGUUGCAUUACUACGUUAAAAUCAGAACUCGUUUCACUGUUUUAUCAUUUCUGAUCAAUAUGGCAACAGUACAAGAUAUGCCAACUUUUAAGCUGGUUUUAAUUGGAGAUGGAGCUGUCGGUAAAACUACAUUUUGUAAGCGCCAUAUUACCGGAGAAUUUGAAAAAAAGUAUGACGCAACGAUUGGAGCAGAGGUCCACUCGCUAACAUUCUUCACCAAUCGAGGACCAAUAAAAUUCCAAGUGUGGGACACUGCAGGACAGGAGAAGUUCGGCAGGCUCAGAGAUGGCUACUAUAUCAAUAGCCACUGUGCCAUCAUCAUGUUUGACGUGACCUCCAAGACAACAUACCAGCACGUUCCAGUGUGGUGGCGGGACCUUGUCAGAGUAUGCGGUAGCAUUCCCAUCAUGCUCUGCGGCAACAAGGUCGACGAGAAGGACCGCAAAGUGAAACCAAAGCACGUCGUAUUCCACAGGAAGAAGAACCUCAUGUACCUUGACCUGAGCGCUAAAAGCAAUUACAACAUUGAGAAGCCCUUCUUGACCCUGGCUCAGAAACUGGUGGGCGAUCCAAGACUAAACUUUGUCCAGGCUCCAACAGUGAUGCCACCUACAGUGACCCUCGAGGACCACCAGAUAGCACAGCUGGAGAAGGAUCUGGAAGAGGCGAAGAAUAUGCCACUGCCAGAGGAUGAUGACCUUUGAUUGCCUCACCACCUUUUUGUACAUAAUACAUUUCCUUCCUCUGGUUAAUCACAACUGUUUAAAUAUAGUUACAUAAUAUAGUCGCCAUGUAUGUUGUAUGUCAGGGCUUGCUCUGCCACUUGCCAAAUUCGUCAACUGCGAAUUUUAAGAACAGUUGGUGAAUUUUAUUUUAAUUUGGCAAAAGAAUUGUAUGAUAAUUUAUUUUUGGUUGGAAAAUAGCUAUAGUUUUGCAUUUUUAAGAUAAUUUUGGCGAAAUUUUCUGAUCACCCAGAGCAAGACCAUUAUGUAUAUAGAAGAUAGCCUCGUAAGCUGUCAAACUUGUACCCGAUUCUUUUGUUCUUUGUACAAUAAAAUGUUUUUAAUCAACCUCACCACCACCACAGACCUUGCCAUGAUUAAUUACUCACCUAAGAUUAAAGGGAGCCAUUUGAGAUACCAUAUAAAUUUCACAAGUUAACGGAAGCUAAAAUUACUUCCCUUGAUGUAUAUUCUGGGGAGUGAUGGAGAGCGAGAUUGCUAGCUCCUCUUAAAUGGCGAGGUCUGCACAGAUUAUUUGCAAUGCCACAGAAUAAUAUUUAUGUUGACUGUAAGGAUUUACGGUGGUGCAGUGAUGAAAACAACUCAUUAAAAUGACUUUGGACAAAAUAAUGUGAAACAUUUUGUUGGGUCUUGAAAAGUAGUGUGGAGGAUCUAGUAACAUUAAAAUGUGAAAUUACAGAAAAGCAAGGUUUAUCCAUUUCUGGUGAUAAAUGGAAAUAUAAACUAAUGACAAUUCAAAUACACUACAUUUCAAUCUGCUAUAAAUAUCACAUUUUGUAUCAACCACACGUGUCUGUACAAGGCAUUUUGGAUUUGUCCUAUCUGUUGAUAUAAUCAUGUAUAUGUACAUACAUCGGAGGAACUGUCAUUACAGUACAUUUUAUAGAUUCCUUGGUUGCAUGUAACAAGGUUUAACCAAUAUUGUAUUUUGUGUGAAAUUUCUGUUCUUAAUGACAUCACCACUUUACCAUAUGUCCAUUGCAGUACAAGUUCUGUAAAUAAAAUGAGUUUAGUGUGUUUUUAAAAAUGUUUCGUCCUUCAUUCAUUUAUAUACAUGUUCAUUGUACUAUGUGAUUUAGUUCUUAAUAAAAGAAAAAUUACAGAAGGACAUUCCAAAGAUUGUUCCAGUUUUAAUGUGUUCACCUAUUUUCAAGUUGUGUGUAUGAAUGUACAUAUCUAUGUACAUUAAAACCAAUAUUUAAAACAUUUUCCUAUCUGAACAAAUAAAAACAAUUUGAGCUUUUCAGCAAUAUAAAUGAACAUGAAUUAAAUGUCCAAAAAAAUUCAAGAAUUAAAAAAACACCAGAAGGACAAUUAUAAUUUAACAAAGAUAACAAAAUGUAUUUGAAAAAUAAGAUCAAUACAUUUAAAUAACAACUACAUUGUCAUUGUUAAAUACCAUGGUUACAGAGUAAAGGCAUGAAACACAAACUAAAUUCUCACAUGCACGUAGUGUAUGAUUUGAAUCCUAAACUACUACAUCAGCUUAGUUUGAAAUAAUGUGUUACAACAUUAUAAGUUAUAUCCAUACUUAACAAGUUCUGUUCGAUAGAUUUCUAUGGAAGAUGAACUGAACAGAGGAUUCUGCAGAUAUUUUUCAUAUUGUUAAAGCUUUAGUCCGUCCCACAGGGAACAUCUUUUUUUAUACUAUGGAAUUUACUACAAGUUAUUUCUGAGCCGAUUGUUUUGUAACUUGCACACAAAAAUAGUAUUUUUUGGUUAUUUUUUAUGACAAACAAAAUUGAGAUUAUUUACAGAAAAUAAUUUGUGUACGAUAGGAGACUAUAGUUAUUCGUUUUUUAAUGUAAAAUCCAUUUUACAAACAUAACCAUGUACCAUGUACGAAAAGGAGCUGCAGAGAAUCAUAAAUACUUUAAGAAACUUGAAAUCCACCGUCCGCUCUAUAAAGACCUUUUCUCUUCUCAUUAACACCUAACCUGACCUCUGAACGCAUGGUACUCACCUAGUAGUCUCAUUGGUAGACUACUGGAACAUUCAGGCUAAUUUGUGGGACUAGGGGCAAGUCCCAUAAGUUCAGGAAAUUGAUUCAAAGUUUGAAAAGCCUAUUUGUUUCAUCCGAUUCUUAAUCUACUAAGCUAUACUGAGACACAUACUCCUUUUUUUUUUUACUCUUUAAAUAUACUGUGAAUGAAAGUUUUAAUUACAAUUUCAGAAAGCAGAAAUAUAUACCUCUGGAAAUUAAAUGAAUUAAGCACCACCUGAAUUGUAUUAUGACCAAAAGUGUGCCUAAAAAUAGUUGUCUGUCUCGAUGUGGUUAAAAAGUGACAUUGAAAGUUUUUACAAAUUCUGUAUCUAUUGGGCAUUUAUUGAGCACGUCGGUGUAAUUCUAUAGUUAAUUACCAUAAAUUUUCAUGAAUAUUUAUUUAUGGAUUCUAUCUUUUUCACUAGAAUACAUUAAAUGUUGAUAUAAUGACAAUGUCACUUGCUGUCAAUCUUUUUCAAUAUCCCCUGAAUACA